GCUAAAGUUACAACUUCUCAUCCCAGAACAUUGCAAGGACUGAUUAAAACUGUAAUUUACUGGAAAUAUUCCAGAAAUGCCCUAUAUGACACAGACAGACUUAACACCCACACAUUGAGUCUGGGAAUCAGAGCCAAUGCUGAAGUUUCAAUAAAUGAUGAUGAACUGUGCCCCUUUCAGUUUCAUAUUUUAUAUGCACACUUCUGCAAACAUACAUGCUUACAGGGGCAUAGUCAUAAUUUCAAAGUGAGGGGGAUAGAAAUUGUCUAAGAAGUCAGACUGAUAGACAAUUACCAAUAAUUUGUAUUCUGUAAAAAAAUUUCUUAAUGUCAAUUUUAAGAUUUGUCUAUACCACUUUUUAUGGCAGAAUAGGGCAGAAAAUAUAUUUUAUUGAUUCUAUAGACCACUGUAAUAAAUGCUGUGUCAGUUAGCAAUGCAUUAUUCAGAUCCUUAUUUAUUACCUGGAGAUGACUUGAAAAAGACACAUAAACUGUAUAUUGUCGCAAAUAUGCAUGUAUUGCCUUCACAUUUUUUAUUCAGCUUAGCUACAGCGCUGGCUGGAUGCUUUUGUCCAUAUAAGGGAAAAAGUUAAAUAUUUAAAGAACCUGGACAUGGACAUUUUCGAUUCCACAAAAGGGUCAUGUGGAAAAAGUGUCUUUUUAAAAGCAUUUUUAAAAGUUCUUUAAAAGUCAUCAGCGAGUUCUUAACAACAAAAACGUAGCAUCAGAAUUUUUAUUUACUGGUAAUUUUACAACUUCUCAUCCCAGAAAAUUGCAAGCUUUUUAAAACUGUAAUUUACUGGUAAUAUUCCAGAAAUCCCCUAAUGAGACUAAACACUCACACCUUGAGUCUGGGAAUCAGAGCAAACGCUGAAGUUUCAAGAUGAACUGGCCUUUUCAAGAUUUUGCACAAAAUCCUCUUUCAACUAAAGAAGAGCAUGUGACUUCUGCAAACACUUUUUAAGAUGGCAUGGAAAGGCUUUAUGGAUGUUGGAAUAAAGUUUUCUUCAUGGAACCACUGAUGCAAAUAAAGAAUUGUAAUUUUUAAGAGUGUUUUUUUGUUGGAUCUAUUGUCAGGGUCUUAUGGGAUGAUCAAAUUAGAUUAUAUUUUUUCAGACAAGAUAUGAUGUGAUUCCUCUAAGGCUUCAGCUGUAAUAAAUAACAGGAAAAAAAUAAUAAAAGUCAUAGUUUAUGUGUUCAUCAUACACCACUUCUGUUUGGAUAUUUCUUUUAAGUGACAAUGGGCUCCAUAUGGGAUGGAAAGUGAUCAAGGACUUGCACCUACAGCAGGACUUCUUGUUUUUGGCUUUUACUUUCAGUUGCAGCUCUAUACAGUAUAUAUAUGGAGCAGAAUCACUGACCGAGACACGACGACACAAAAACUUGAUUCAAGAUGUCUAAAGAACUACAGAUGAGCCAUCAUGGACAUGGUGGAAAUGAUGAAGACUAUGCUAUCCCCUCUACCAAACAUUUCCACCAUGGAGAUGACGAAACUGAUGAAGAGAACGCUGACAUAAAGGAAAUCGACGAGGCUCCCAUAAAAAUUUCAAAAGCACAAGAUACGUCAGCUAGUGCUUCAAGCGAAAUCUUAAGCCUGAUUGACACAAUUGACCGGAAAGCAAGAACCAAUGCAGACGGCGGUUAUGCUAAACAAGGCUUUUAUGCAUCAGGUUUUGAAAACGAACCAGGAAAGAGGAUUCCCAAGGCUGGAUACCAUGCAGAAGCAGGGGUUGGACGAGCUCGUGCUGAAUACAGUGUAUUCGAGGCAGAAGCCAAAGGCCCAAACGCCUCAGCUGGUGCAGAAGCCAGUUUGGGUGGAGUCGGAGCAAUGGCUCGAGCUGAAAUCGCCAGUGCAUCAGCUAAAGCCGGUCCAGUUGGUGUGAAAGUGGGACUAGGCUUUGACACGGGUGCAUCUAUUGGUGUGGAUGGGGUAGAGGCCAAAUUCCUAGGAACUGGAAUCACAAUUGGUCCAAAAACCAGUAUAUCUGUUCUGGGCUCAGAAGCAUCAUGUUCAGUCAUGUAAUCACAGAGACCUAUUAUUAUUAGGGCCGGGACUCGAUUAAAAAAAUUAAUCUAAUUAAUUAGAGGCUUUGUAA